UAAUUUAAUCGAAACCAUCGCUCACGAAUUAGCCCACGCUGUAAUUAAUAGCACAAAGCUUUAUUAUCGAGGAGAUGAACAUAAAAUAUUGAAGGAUGGCGAAGAAAUAGACGAAGGAGGGCACGGAAUUUUACACCAUUAUAAAGAAGCAGUAGAAAGUUUCCGCAAAAUACAGGAAGAGCAGAAAAAACUCAUUGAAAAAACCGAGAAUAAGUUAGCCCAAAAACUAGGAAUGAAGAGCGAAAAAGAUAUUGAAGA